AUGGAUGGAUAUGCUAGAAGAAUGUGGGGGUUCAAUAAUGUUGACAAGGUGAUACCGGUAAAAUACGGGGUAUUUCUCAUACGUUUUCUCAACAAGGAAGCAAGAGACAGAGCCUUAGAGAUGACGAACUUAUUACUGGAUAGCUUCCCAAUUUUUAUCAGGCAAUGGGAAGAGGGAAUAAACCUUGAAGCCUUGACAUUUGACAAAGUCCCCAUUUGGGUUCGAACCUAUGAAUUACCGUUAAAAUAUUGGGGUAGCUUAAACAAACUAAUGUAUGCAAUUGGUGAUCCGAUCAAGGCUGACAAUGCUACGGCUAAAAGGAACCGAAUCCAGUAUGCAAGAUAUUUGGUUAAGAUGAACAUUAACGAGGAAUUUUCGGAAUCCUUAAUGUUCAAGAAUGAAGAUGGGAUGAUUGUACAAUACCCAAUCGAAUAUGAGCGGAGACCGAUUAAAUGCACCUCUUGUAAUACCAUGGGCCAUGAAACUCAGAAAUGCUCACAACAUGCUCACUUGAAAGAGUACAACAAAGUUAAGAAGGUAUGGAGACCAAAGCAAACUACCGCACCUCAUAGUAGUUCAAGGAAAGAAAUCAUUGCUGCCCAACCAGCAGCUCAGGUCAUAGAAGGCAGUGAGCAAGGGGGUCAAGACCAAGACCUGAGCAAGAUAGGAAACCAUCAGCUGCAAGAAGACACAAACGAUGACAAACAGGGGACUGAUUUGAGGGACAGCCACCAGGCAGCAGAUCAAGUACAAAGGGGAAAGGAGGAUGCAUCUCCUCAGAUGCCAAAUGAACAAAAUACACCGUUCAUUACGGUGAGAAGAAGGCAGAGAAGCAGCGUGAAAUAUGCUCAGCUAGAACAAACGAUGUCCACAAGUAACAACUUUGAAACUUUAAGUGGUACAAAUGACAAUGGAUCAAAUGAAGAGGGAAGGAAUGGAAAAAACCAUGAUGAGAAGGGAAAUGACAACCAUGACUUAGAUGGACAACAUCGUAGCAUGGAAUACUUUAAUUGCCCGUUAAAUCCUGAGGACAGAAUUGGUGCCGUUGUGAGAUGCUCAGAAAUUGCAGACUUUAGACAAUGCUUGAUGUACUGUGAUUUAUUUGAUUUGACUACUACUGGAUGCACUUUCACAUGGAGUAAUAAGCAAGAUGAAGGAGAUAAAGUAGUCUCUAAAAUUGAUCGAACUUUUAUUAACACGGCUUGGCUGGACAAAAAAUCGGAGUCCUUUGUGAAUUACCCACCUCCGUGGUACUCAGAUCAUUGCCCCGGGAUAAUUUCAUUUUGUCAUGGUCAUGCCUUGAAGCCAAAACCUUUUAUGUUCUUCGAUAUGUGGUGCAAAGACAGUAACUUCAUAGAGAUUUUCCAGACGCUGAGAGCCUUGAAGCCAAAACUGAAAAAGUUGAAUAGUUUGGCCUUUAGCCACAUCGAGGAGAGGCUUCUCAAAGCUAAGCAAGAGUUGUUGGGCAUCAGGGAACAGAUUCACAACGGGGAUUUAACAGAGAACAAUAUAAAACAGGAAUUGCAGAUGGCUAACCAUCUUCAGAUCUCUCAGGAAGGCAUAAGAAAAGCUUUUGAAAUCUACUAUGUUGAGCUUCUAGGCACAGCGUCCAAGACCAAAAAUGGAAUCAACAGGGAGAUUGUCAGGAUGAGAAGGUUAAUUUUAGAAGACCAGGCCCAGACUCUGACCCAAGAGUUCACAGAUGAUGACAUUAAGGAAGCUCUGUUCUCAAUCCCGGGUUCCAAAGCUCCAGGGCCCGAUGGAUACAACAACACCUUUUUCAAAGAAGCGUGGAGAACUAUUGGAGGUGAUGUCUGCUCUGCGAUCAAAGAUUUCUUUAAGCAUGGUAAACUUCUUAACCAAAUUAAUGCCACUAAACCCACGCUCAUUCCUAAAGUGCAAUACCCAAGGAAUCUUGAACGGGGAACUACAUGGGUUCUUCAAGGGGAAGAGAGGCCUAAGGCAGGGGGACCCCAUGUCUCCUCAGCUAUUCGUCAUUUGCAUCGAAUACCUGUCAAGGCUGUUGCAAUAUGCACAGUAUCAAAGGGAUACCAGUUUCACUACAGGUGUAAACCUCUAGCCCUGAACCACCUAGUCUUCGCAGACGACCCUAUACUUCUCUUCAGAGGAGACUAUGAGCCUAUCAUGUGGAACAUGAGAGCUCUAGCUACCUUUGCUGCUGCCUCUGGUUUAAAUGCAAACGUGGGAAAAUCAGCCAUCUAUACUUACAACAUGAAGGAGGAGGUCAAGAAUAAAAUUUUGCAUGAAACAAGAUUUAAGGAGGAUUCCCUUCCUUUCACCUACCUUGGAGUUAGGAUAAGUGUAACAGACCCUUUUUCUUAA